AUGGUAAGUAACAAUCCGGGUUAAGUUAAAUGGCAAGUCCAUAGUCAGAUACUCAUCAGAUUUGGGGGUCACAUCAUGCACUCAGACACAUUCACGUUAGUAGUCGACCCCCGUCGGUCAGGGUCGACCAUUGAUAGAUCCGUCCAGGCUGUUUGCUCGACUGACAUUACUAAAACGGUUAUUGCGUAGAAUAAAAAAAAAAAGAUGUGGCCAGGUUGUGUGACGCACAAGAAUUUAUGACAGAUCGCAUUGUUUUUUUGAACACCUUAAAUCUUUAUAAGGGUUUGCAAAGAGCUGUUUCUCAUUAAACAAGAUGGAGAAUCCCCGACAGGCGAGUUUGACUGGGCUGCUAAGGGGCGAUUUUUUCCUAGUGGAAAGGGCGGUUGUACACACUCAGGCUACCAGAAAACCUUGUAGCCGACCAUUGCGUGACAUAGAAUCUCAUGUGGCAGUGCAACGUAAACUUUAAGAGCAUGUGAGUAGUCUGAGUGGUUCUAACCAUGUUUUUUUCUUUUUUUCUUUUUUUUACAAAGUCGUAAACAUGUACAGUGUAUAGUUCUUCUGCUGGUCAUUGGUCAAUAUUUACAACAGUAGUUAAGUUACUAUAGACUGCUGUGAUGAACCACACCCUUUUAGUAUAAUGUCUUACCUAGAAUGCCCCCAGAUAUCAGCCCUUUUCAUUAAAUCUAAGAUAGGUCUACAAGAUCGAUGGUGACGAGAAAAAGAUUUCAUGCAUAUGAAAAUUGGAAACUAGUGCUGCGAGUGGGUUUAUUAUUUUCUUAAUCACAUGUUGAGCCCACAAAUUAUAUAUUGCAAUGCGAUUGGAUGAAUGAUGCCGAGUUGUAGCAAAAAUUUUUAAUUUCUUUUUUUUUUCAUUGCAUUGUUUUAUUUUUUACAGUGUUCAGAUGGCUGCGACCCUAAUGAUGAUAAGUUCUUGUUCAAGGUUGACAAUGUUGACACAAGAACGCUGAGUAGCAAGUAUUUUACCAUUCAGUCUGCAAAAACAGGAAAAUUUCUGGUCAGUGAUGAGUCAGGGGACGCAUCUAUGAAGGAGAUAAAGGACCAAACAGGUGGAAAGAUUUAUGACAGACAAGCCUGGUUUCAAUUUAUUCCCGUAGAUGAUAUGGUGACCAAGAAAAGUGUGCACACGAUCAGAGAAGAUAUAGUCUUUCCUGGCAGAAUUUAUGAGAUCCAGUAA